AUGGUGCGCGUCCUGACGGUUGCUGGGGAGGUGCUGGCAGAUCUCCCAACAGAGGAUGUUGACAGCGUGCGGAGCUUGAAGCUGCUAUUGGCGAAAUUGCAGGGAAUCUCGCGCUUCCGACAAAGAAUCUUACAGUCAGGCAGCAUCCUUGCAGACGACGCACUGCUGAAUCUGUCCGUUGACGUCCAGCUGGUUGUGCUGCCAGUUUCCAGCAUGUCACCAGAGCAAGCAGUAAAGCUUACCCAAUCUGCUGAGUUGGGCUACGACGUUGAGGUGGAAAAUCUCCUUCAAACGCCUGUAGAUCCCAACGAUUCCCACCGCGACGGGUACCGUGCUGCUUUCUUCUUUGCCGUGGGCAACACGCUGGUGGCGAAAGACCUGGAGCAGGCCACGCGCAUUGGCCUGCAGGGCCGAACUCGGCACCGGGUGGUGACGCUGGCGGGCGGCUUGAUCGAUGCCAGCGGCACGAUGUCCGGCGGCGGCGGGAAAGUGGCCAGUGGUGGUAUGAGGGCCUCCGUCUGCAAAUACUCCCAGGAGGAGGUGAAGAAGUUCGUGCAGGCCUACGAGGAAGCCAACACACAGCUGAUGCAGCUUCGCCAGGAGCGGGAGGCCCUGGAUGAGGCGCUGAACAGCACGGAUCGGGAGAUCCCCGAGCUGGAGCUUCGCGAGAGGACCUGCAGCAUGGACGUGAACGCCUUGAAGAAGCAAGCCGAGGCUUACGAGUCAAGGCUGAAAACGCUGAAAGUGCCUCAGCUCACUGGCGAAGAGAAGGCGAAGAUCAAACAGUUGGAGAAGCUCAUCGAGAGCCGUUCGGAGGAGCUGAGUACCAUCAUGGAGCAGCAUCAGGUUGUUGAGGAGGAGGUGCGAGAUCUUCACAACCAGAUCAUGAACAUCGGUGGCGAGGAGCUGAAGCAGGCCAAAUCGAAGCUUGAGGAAGCAACAAAGAAGUGCGAGGACAUGCGUCACAAGUGCAAGAAAUCCCUGCUCGAUGCGGACAACAUGGCCGCGGCCUUAUGGACCCUUUCCCUCCAAUUGUACUUACUUCGUUUGCGUGCACAGGAGGAUGCAGGGCAAGAGACGUACGACCGGCUCCCCGAAGCGUUGAAGGGCAAAGUGGCUUGGGUGGAAAGAUUCUUCAUGGGAAUGUCCAAGGCCGACAUCAAGAAGGAGUGUGCGAAGGUGGAACGGCUGGCAGAGAAGCUGGAGAAGCUGGAUGUUCAAGAAAUCUUCGGAAAGAAGGGCGCGAAGUGA